AAAGUGUUUACAGAUCUGCAGGCUGAAGGAUUCCCUGUAAUAGAGACCAGCACCCUGACUGAGGAAGGUGUUACUAAAGUUAAAGCAGAGGCCUGCGACAGGCUGUUGGCUUAUCGAGUGGAAACCAAGAUGAAGGGAAACAAAGUGAAUGAGGUGCUGAACCGCCUGCACCUUGCGGUGCCCAACAGGAGAGAUGACAAGGAGCGGCCCCCGUUCAUCCCAGAGGGAGUGGCAUCACGCAGGGAGAGGAUGGGGACUGAGGAGCCCAGGAGGAAACUUGAGGUUGGGUUUGGGGUGGUAUUAAGAAUGCAUAAAAGGGAUAUUUAUCAGAAUUUAGCUUAUUUCAUAUAUCUGCUGGGAGUGUUGGAAUGAGGGAACACAUUUUUAGCCUUGGAGUCUGAUUGUUUUUAAAAAUCAUGACUGUUUUUAAAGAAACUGGAAGAGUUAGAAAAAGAAGAAGAGCUGAGAACAGCUGCUGGAGAGUAUGACAGUGAGUCUGAAAGCGAGGACGAGGAGAUGGUGGAAAUUCGACAGCUGGCGAAACAAAUUAGAGAGAAAAGGAAGUUGAAGAUUCUGCAGUCCAAAGAAAAGGACACACAGGGACCCAGGAUGCCUCGAACUGCUAAGAAGGUUCAGCGGACAGUUUUGGAGAGUGAGAUGCGUAGUCUUGGUGUUGACAUGGAUAAUAAAGACAAUGCCCACUAUGUCAUCCAGGCAAGAAGGUCUCGGAGUGUUACUAAGAAAAGAAAGCGUGAAGCAUCUGUUCCACCCGCUUCUGUAUCCCGUAGCCGGAGUUGCUCUCGAACUCCACGGGAUGCUUCUGGUCUUCGGGAUGUCAAGAUGGUGAAGAAAGCUAAGACCAUGAUGAAGAAUGCACAGAAGAAGAUGAAUCGCUUGGGGAGGAAAGGAGAGGCAGACAGACACGUGUUUGACAUGAAGCCUAAGCACCUACUCUCUGGGAAGAGGAAAGCUGGUAAAAAGGACAGGAGAUAGUGUCUCUUGCAGGUGACAUGGUUUGGCCUGUGUUGCUGUUAAUUUCUUGGUUUGGUAUGGUAUAAAAUAGGGGUCAUGAUCUGUAAACUGAAAAAAAAAGCCAAUGAAAAUAACUAAGUGUUUGCUGCUUUGCUGAAAACUGGUGAAUGCUGUAUAAGUGUGGGGAAUUUUGACACUGCAUAAUGUCACAGAUACGAGGGUACUUCAAAAACUUUAUUGAAAAAUGCAAUUAAAAGAUAAUAUGAAUCUUUCCGUGCAUGUUUUGAAGACCCCUCAUAUUUGUAACACGGAGUAUCCAUUACUCCAGAUUUGUAGGAUUGAAAGGGUUUAUUGGUAUGUCU